GUCAUCAGGCGGCGCCGCAUCAGCGCUAGGAUACAACUGGAGAAAGGAUAAAGUGUCCAAACACAGAGGAAGAACUCCUGCUGAAGCGACUGAUCUCCACACUGUUAUAAAGAUGGCAUUUAUUAAAGAGGAGAGUGAAGAUGUGAAGAUUGAAGAAACAUUCACAGUCAAACAGGAAGAUCUGCAGGAACAAACAGACCUGAUGGUGCUGAAAGAAGAGACUCAUCAACGGAAUGAAAUGGAAGAGAAACAGCAAAACAUAACAACUGAUAAAAAACCCACACUGACUGAAAAGACUUCAUCAACGGGAAGACCUCGGAAAUCCAAAUCUAGGUGCAAUUUCACUUGUCAUCAAUGUGGAAACCGUUUCAGCCGAAAACAAAGCCUUCAAGUCCACAUGAUAACUCACACUGGAGAGAAACCUUUCAGCUGUAAACAGUGUGGGAAGAGUUUCAGUCAAAAGCCAAACCUUUAUGUUCAUAUGAGAGUUCACACAGGGGAGAAACCGUACACCUGUGAACAGUGUGGAAAGAGUUUUGCUAAAAUCUAUGACUUUAAAGUCCACAUGAGAAUUCACACUGGAGACGGGUCGCAUACAUGCCAACAGUGUGGGAAAAGCUUCUAUAAUGCAGGAAACCUUGCAGUCCACAUGAGAAUUCACACUGGAGAAAGGCCGUACACAUGCCAACAGUGUGGGAAAAGCUUCUAUCAUGCAGGAAACUUGGCAGUGCACAUGAGAAUUCACACUGGGGAGAAGCCUUACUCUUGCUCUCAGUGUGGAAAGAGUUUUAAGCUAAAUGGCACCCUUGAAGUCCACAUUAGAACUCACAAUGGAGAAAGAACUUUUACUUGCACACAGUGUGGGAAAAGUUUUGCUCAUAAACAAAAUCUUGACACCCACAUGAGGAUUCACACUGGAGAAAAACCUUACAUAUGCAUAUGUGGUAAAAGUUUCACAUAUCAAAGCUCACUCAAACACCACAUGAUAAGUCACACCGGACAGAAGCCGUUUGCAUGUUCUCAGUGUGGAAAGAGCUUCACAACCAAAGCUAGCCUCAUGAACCACAUGAAUGGUCACACUGGAACUAUAGUGUUCACAUGUGAUCUGUGUGGAAUAAGACUCACACGCAAAGACUCCAUUAAGCAACACAUGAAGAUUCACUCAGGAGCGGAUCGUUUUAGAUGCAGUGAGUGUGGAAAGGACUUUAAACAUAAAAGAAGCCUCAGCACUCACAUAAAGCUUCACAAUGGAGAGCAGAGUCCUCGAAAUUGAGGCCUUGUCCACACAUAAACACGAGUAUAUUCAAAACAGCAGCUUUUUCAUGUAGUUUGGUUGUUCAUUGACGUGAGGUUUAUUUAUAAACUACUUUCCAGAGGAUCACAUGCUUAUGAUUGUCCACAGCUGGUCCCGCAUUGGCUAACACAUGAUUCACCAAUCAGGCGAUUCGUGACUCACUAUAAAUAAUCAGAGUUUCUUACCUAAGUUAUCUUCACCUUGAGGAAUCUCCCCCCCCCUACUUUCUAGAUUGGGCGACACGGUGGCUCAGUCGUUAGCACCGUUGCCUCAAAGCAAGAAUGUCACAGGUUUAAAUCCCUACUGAACCAGUCGACAUUUGUGUAGAGUUUGCUCAUUCACCCUGUGCUCACGUUGGUUUCCCCCGGAUUCCUUCCACAGUCCAAAAACACGCGAAAAACAUUAGAGAGAUUAACAGGGACUUGCACCUGUCAAAAUUUGAUUGAUGACCGCCCCUUAAUAUAGAUUUGAUACUUCCAGAAAUUAGAUAUUUAUCUGUUUAAUUAAAUGGUAUUUUAUAAUUCCGAUAAUUAGUUUGUAAACGUAUUAAUUAAAUUAUAAUUACUGUAAUUAAAUCAUAUUCAGAAUAAUCAAGUUAUAAUACCGAUAAUAUUAAAGUUGCAGUAGGUGAUCUGCCAGAAUGCUAGCAUUAACAUAAUAGCUUAGACAUUUUAUGACCCUCCCCUGCAGUUCGAAGCCACACCUUCUUAAGUCAUGGAUACGUGAACGUGCACUGAUUAGAUAACACUAGAUCAUGUCAUUCACCAGUUAGAAAACUCUAUGGAGACACAAACUUUAUCAAGCGUAGUUGUUGACAGUCCAGCGGGUGCAGGAAUUAUAUUUCCCCAAAACUGUGACAGGCUGUCACUGUUCAAAAAUGAACAAAUGUGUGUAGUCUUCUAUAGCCACUUGUGGGUUUGACGCUCUACAUUAAAGGUACUGCACUAUAUGUACAGUUUGGGCUCAACUUCAUUUUCCAUACAGUCAAGGACAACACGCGUACACUGUUCUUUCGUUGGCUGAAAUACCUUGGAAAUAUAUGUCCACAAUUUUGAUUGAACAACAAUUGUAUGUUCAAAGUUUGUAUGUUAAAGAGACAUUAUUGGGUUAUUAGAUUUAUUAUUCCUGUAUUUGUUGUCCAAACACAUGUUCAUAAUUACUGAGACGUGUUCAUAUUGCUGAGUGGCGUGACGCAUAUGUUAAUUUGCUGACAUUUGAUACAAAUGGGUUUCAUUUAAUAGAUUUUCCUUAUGUGUGUAUAAGAUUUGUGUAAAAAGGAACUAUGUACAUUAGUAGUAAGAUAAUGUUAAGCUGAUUGAACUGAACAUGUUGAAAAUAUCAUUGUCAUGUGAAUAAGAUUGUAUUCUUAUUUUUCCCUUUCCCUUUGUUGUAGUUUUACAAACAGAAUAGUUGUGUAAUAUUGUGAGGAACA